AAAUGUCCCUUAGCUCUAGGCUCCUGUGAGCUCUGCUUCCCUCGUGGAGUGGCAGGCUGAUUUCAAGGGAAGGCAGAGUGGGGUGAAGGUUGUAGGGUCCUAGGGCCAUUUCUACUUCUGGUAGCAGUACCCCCCCAAGUGGACAUCCUGGCUGAAAGCAGAGGUGACUCUGAGGAGAGUCUUUAGGGAAGGCGGGGGGGUGUAUUUAGGAGUCUGUGCAGUUCUUUGCCACACCCUGUGGGUUUGCUUUGAGGCCUUGGAGUUCCUUCUCCUCCCCCUGCUGCAUUGCACCAUGGGUAUCAAAGAGGGGUUUGAGUUUUGGGGACCUAGGGUGAGCUGCUGCCUCCUAUAGACCCAGACUCUGAUUGGCAGUGGAGUCCAGGGCCUGAGCUCAGGCCUGGGAAAGACUAGGCCCCCUUUAGGUUUCAGGCCCUGAAGGACCAUCCAGACUUAGUGAGCCUGGGCCUUGGGGAGGGAGAGACCCUGAUGCCAGGACUGAGCUCUGGGCAGCGAGGUGGGAGGGAAGGUGGCCGCCUUCAGAGGUGCCUUGGACUCACAACAACACCCCCACCCCCGUGUGUGCAGCCGUGUUGCCGCCCGCUGUGCUAUGAGCAGUCAGAGCGCCGUCUCCACAAGAGUUUACAAAUGAAAAUGGAGGAAAUGUCUUUGUCUGGCCUGGAUAACAGCAAACUAGAGAUGUUCUCCCCUGGGGCCCAGGCCAUCGCUCAGGAGAUAUAUGCGGACCUGGUCGAGGAUUCUUGUUUGGGAUUCUGCUUUGAGGUACACCGGGCUGUCAAGUGUGGCUACUUCUUCCUGGACGACACGGACCCUGAUAGCAUGAAGGAUUUUGAGAUCGUGGACCAGCCGGGGUUGGACAUCUUUGGACAGGUUUUCAACCAGUGGAAGAGCAAGGAGUGUGUUUGCCCCAAUUGCAGUCGCAGCAUUGCCGCCUCCCGCUUUGCUCCCCAUCUGGAGAAGUGCCUGGGAAUGGGUCGGAACAGCAGCCGAAUCGCCAACCGCCGGAUUGCCAAUAGCAACAAUAUGAAUAAGUCUGAGAGUGACCAAGAGGAUAAUGAUGACAUCAAUGACAACGACUGGUCUUAUGGCUCGGAAAAGAAAGCCAAGAAGAGGAAAUCAGACAAGCUAUGGUAUCUCCCAUUCCAGAACCCCAAUUCCCCUCGAAGAUCCAAGUCUUUAAAACACAAAAAUGGGUUCUCUGUCUGUACCUCUGCAUCAAACACCCUUCCCCUUCUUUUUUCUUCUUCAGGGGAACUUAGCAAUUCGGAUCCUUUUAAGUAUAACAAUUCAACUGGGAUCAGCUAUGAGACCCUGGGGCCAGAGGAGCUUCGCAGCCUGCUCACCACGCAAUGUGGGGUGAUUUCUGAACACACCAAGAAGAUGUGCACAAGGUCCCUACGCUGCCCACAGCACACAGAUGAGCAGAGGCGAACCGUGCGGAUUUAUUUUCUCGGGCCCUCGGCCGUCCUUCCAGAGGUCGAGAGCUCCCUGGAUAAUGACAGCUUUGACAUGACUGACAGCCAGGCCCUGAUCAGCCGGCUUCAGUGGGAUGGCUCCUCUGACCUCUCACCCUCUGAUUCAGGCUCCUCCAAGACGAGUGAAAAUCAGGGAUGGGGUCUAGGUACCAACAGCUCUGAGUCACGGAAAACCAAGAAAAAGAAAUCCCAUCUGAGCCUGGUAGGGACUGCCUCCGGCCUAGGUUCCAACAAGAAGAAGAAGCCAAAGCCACCGGCACCCCCGACGCCCAGCAUCUAUGAUGACAUCAACUGACUUGGGUGCAAGGGAUAGCCUUUGGCUGAGCAGAGCCCUCUCUCCUGACCCCCACCCAGGUGGCAUAGCCUGGCAAAUGGACGGCUGCUGGGGGUUGGGGCUUGGGAAGCUUGGUGGGCCAGGCAGGCAGAGGAUCCGAUUAUGCGCCCCUGGGGGGUGUCAAAGUCCUCUGCAAUGGAGCACGACUCCUCAGCGUGCAGGACUCAGACCUGGACAUAUUAUGCCUUGGACAUAAGUUUGGUGGGGAGGCAGUUUUCCUAUUUAUUCUGUGAGUUACUGGAUGUCCAGCUAGGCCAGGGGCCUGACCUGGGCGCUGUGCCAGGGCACUGCCUGCCCCCCACCCCAGGAACUGGACUAAGCCCUGCUGAGGGGCAAUGUGGUGACCCGGGAGGCUGUGGGUUGGAAGCUGAGCCUGGAGGGGGCCUGCCUUGGCCGCCCUCAGCAAUGUGAAUGGGUCCGGUGCUUGGAGCUGAGGGGCAAGGCUGGGCAUGUCCUGUCUGUGUGCAGAAUCCUAUCAAAUGCCCCCAGUCCCAGGGGUAGGCAGGCACAGAGUGCUGUCUGCUGAGGUGGGCGUCCAGAACUGCCGCCACCUUCCCUGCCCCUCACAGGGGCAGCCCUUUCCCCUCAGUCCCCAUGGGCCUCCUUGGCAGCAGGAGCUGUCCUUUUGUUGUUGGGUGCCAGGAAAGGGCCUCCAGCCUCUACAGCUUCAAGGAAUGGGAAAGGGAGGGUAGGAAGAGGGAGAAGUGUCAGAAUUCCUCCCCCUGUCUCUCCUCCCUGACCCAGGGCUGGUGAGGAGUGGGGCCCCAAGGUGAGAGGGAACGGUGCUGCUUUAUUUGAAAUGUUUUCUUACCUCAUUCCCUGCCCCAGGAAGGGACCCAGCCUCACCCUCCUGGGGUGGCCCCGUGUUCCUCCUGCCCAUCCUGCCCCACUGCCCUACCGGGGCAGCCCAGGUUCCCAACUGCUGCUUCCACCCCCUUCACCUUGACCGGCUUCAGUUUCUCUCGGCGCUCCUGCCUCCAAAGCCUGCCCUGUUUCCCUUCCUUAGCGCUUUUAAGUUAUUUAUUCUGUACUUGUGGUUUGGGGCUCUGAGGAAAAUCCUAAUCUCGUGCCUCUCCCCCUUUGCUAGGAGUCGGGUGGGAAGAGAGGGUGGCCUCUGUGCUCCGGGUUGUCAGUGGAGGGGAAGGGGUGUCAUUGCCCCUCUCUGGGACUGUCAUGCCAGUGUGCCCACCUGCCUGGUCUACAUCCUGAAGAGAUGUACCGUCCCCCCUCCAUGCGGGCACCACCACUCCCAGGAGCCAAGCUGGAGGACCGCGACCUGGGCUGGGAGCAGAGCUGACUGACACGGGUGGAGGUGACCCUGAGCCAAGUUCUCUGGCACUUCCUGGACAUGUCCCCUGCCCUCAUCCCAAGAGGAGCCAUCCCACAUUUGGGUAGCUAGUACCCAGGACUGGUUGGACUGAUCGGGUUAGGGACCCUAGAGGGUUAAGGGAACAACAGAGAUGGGGCUGCAAUGCCCUGUCUGGAACUCCGCUCUCCCCCUGGGGUGGUUCUGAUUGUGGCUCAUGCCUGGUUGCAAAUUGGUUUUUAACCCACAAAUUGUGAUUAUUUUUUAAAAAGCCAAACAUUUUGGCAGGAGUUAGAAUAAAUCCUGGGGCCUGGGCUCCUCCGUUCUUGGCCCUCCGUAGCUUUCUCCCUCUGAGGGGAGGCCGGAGGGAGAGGAGGAUCUCAGCAGGCCUCCAGCCGCUUCCAGAUGCAGUCUGGGGAGUGGGCUGAAGGUGAAGGGAGGAAGGCUGUGGGCCACUCUCCCUUCUGAGAGGCAGCUGCAGCUCAGGCCCUAAUACACUCUUUGCCCUGUGGCUUCUCCCUUUUUCCCCCUUCUGGUUGGAGGAGGGAGAAGUGGGAAGUAGUUUGGGAACUGGUUUGUCCACAUAAACUUCCCCAUUGUUCCUUGGCCCGCCCUCAGGGCAGAGCCCCCUGCCCAGGCUGGGUAAGAGAUGGGCUUGGUCCAGCAGGGACUCUGAGGGAACAAACCCUUUUCCUUCUGGGGAGAGAGUGCCCCCCUACCAUGUAGUUGAACAGGGGCUAGGAGCUCCCCACUCCCCUCCCUUUAACAGCAGGCUGUGUGGGUUUCAAUUCCCAUCCUUCCCACCCCGGCUAGGUGUCGUCCGCCCUGUAUCCUAUCAUGUGUCUGAGUGUGUGUGGGGGGGUUCUGUACUAAUUUCCAUGGCCGGUGGCUUUUCCUUCCAUGCAUCACUCCCCCCCGCAUGCCCAGGGGCCACCCGCCUGGCAUUACCGCAUGCUGGGGUCAUUGGGGGAGGGGGGUGGGGCUCACGCUGUCCUGUGGUCUUGAGAUUUUUAUUUUUGCAUAUGUAAUCCAUUCUGUACAGGUAGCUAACUUUGUAAACGCUGUGUAUUCCCUCUGCCCCCAUGGCUGCUGGUGUAAAUAAACUGCAUCUCCCGUUGGUA